AUGCGCCACGAGAAGGGGCACCCCCACCACCACCCCAGCAACUGCUCGUCGCCGGCCGUGCCGGAGCGCGGCGGCACCCCGGCGGCGAUGACGGUGAGCGGCUUCCAGUUCCAGCAGGACGAGGACGGCGGCUUGCCCGCGGCGUGCGACGGGCGCUACCACAGCGACCGCGACAUGCUGGCGGCGCUCUCCACGGGGUGGUACGCGGGCGGGCGGCGAUGCCAUAGGCGGAUCCGCUUCGCGAGCGCGCGCACGAGGCGCGCCGUGGAGGCCGAGGUGGUGGACGAGUGCGACUCCGGGCGCGGGUGCGGGUGCAACGUCGUCGUCACGUCGCCCGCCGUGUGGAAGGCGCUCGGGCUCGAUACCAACGUCGGCGAGGUGCCCGUCACCUGGUCCGACGACGUCUGA